AUGGAGAAGAACUCUCUACCUCACAAUGAGUUUCAGAAGGUUGAUGAAAUUGCGGGUGGAUUGGCACCUCUUAUGCCUGCGGUUGAUUGGAAAAAAAAGACUCCAUCAGAUAAAAAGGUCAUUUGGCAAUGGCGUCCUUUCAAACAUUCUGCUCGUAAAGAUGAUCUUCAGCUUAGCCAUUGGCUUUUAUUGCAACAGGUUAAAGUUGUAAAUGGUGUUCCACCAACAGGAGACUAUUCUUUUGCCAAGUAUAACAAGGUAAAUGCUGGUUCAGUCUUUAACUUGAUGAUGCCUUCUGUUGACAUAACAAGCUACACAGAUGAGGAGUAUGAGAAAUAUUUGACAAAUCCUAACUGGACCAAGGAGGAAACAGAUCAACUGUUUGACUUGUGUGAUAGGUUUAAUCUCAAAUUUAUUGUUAUAGCUGAUAGGUUUCCUUCAUCUCGAACUGUUGAAGAAUUAAAGGAUCGAUAUUAUAGUGUAUCUCAGGCUAUAUUAAUUGCUAGGAAUCCAUCUUCUGGGGACGAUACUUUGGAUCCACUUGUUAAGGAACCAUAUAACAUUUCACAAGAGAUGAAGCGGAAACGAGCGCUGUCCCUAAUCCUCUCUCAAACAAAACAACAAGAACGUUGUACGAAACUUAUAAUUACAGGUGGAAAGGAAGAGGAGGAUUUUCUUAUGAAAAUAGUUGCCGGAGAGUCUAAGUCAGUUGCUGCUUCAAAUUCUAGUGCAGAUGUUACAGAGAGGGCCAGCCCCAAUGAAACUGUAUCUUCAUCUAAUAUGCAACGUCCAUUGACAGUAUUGCCUUCCAUAAUAACGAGUGAUAAUCUUCGCACGGUCAAUUUGCAACCAAGGGUUCCAACAAAAGCUGUGUGUUUUGAGCAACUUCAACUAAGAAAUGAAAUAGUAACUUUCAUGAAUCUUAGAAGUCAGGUGCAGAAUGAGGCGGCCAACGGUUCAUCUUUUCAUGAUGGUUCACACCGCGAAACAACAGGAACAUCAAAGCGUUUGCAUUGUGAAGAAGAUCUGGAUUGGAUUCCGGGUAAAACAGAUUCUGGAGUGCUAAAUGGAGCAAUGAGAGUCCAACUCAUCCAAAAACACUCUGUGGACGUAGUUGAACAGGUUUUUGAUAAAAUUGAAUUUAUCAUCCAACGCACUCAUCAUGUUUCAAAAACCAAUCAUUUUCUUCGUUUGAUUCAAUGCUCAUACAAAAGGAGUAAUAUGCAAAACCUUCUUUCAUCUGUUUCCCCUUCAUCUCUUGAGGCUUAUACACUCCAUACUCAAACUCACACUUAUCUUCGCUACAGAGUACGCAAGCGUGGUCUGCUUAAGCCUCACCGUGCUGUCAAACAGCAAAGCCAAACUAGUGUAAGAACUUCAUGGCCUAGCGUAUCGCUUUCGCUUUUUGGUGCAGGCUUCUUAUUUGGUCCACUGCUUGAUGGACUCCAUUCAAGAGUCGAGUUUGUCGUGUACAAGUCCGGGUCUAUUGACAUUGGUCCACUCCAUACAAAUAUAUGGGUUCCUCCAUUGCUGGGACUGUUUUACUGCUCAGUUGGUUUGCUUCAACUCUACCUCGACGAGAAGGUCUUAAACAAGGUUCAAGAGGGAAGUUUAUCAAAAACAAUUACCUCCCUGAUAUUAGUGGCGCUGUUCAUAGAAUUGAGUGCUGAACUAUACAAAGCGGAAAUAGCAGACAACAUUGAGGCCUACAUAUUGUUUGCUGCAGCAGAGUUCCUAUGGUUUUUGUUGGAUAGAACACAGCCAGGCUUCACCCUAGCAUGCCUUGUUGGAUUUGCUUGUCCAAUAGCUGAGAUACCCUUAAUGAAGUUCCUUCACCUUUGGUACUAUCCUCAAGCCAAUAUUGAAAUCUUUGGCCAGGGGCUAGUUACUUGGACACUCACUUGCUACUUUGUGUAUACACUGUUCUUAAUUAAUUUGUCACGGUGGUUCAGAACAGUUUACGCCACACAAACAGAGGAGUCUGAUGCAUAAAACAUUAUUAUGUAACAUUGCCGUUUAUUAUUAUAAUGAAUAAGGACCAAAUAACAGAUAUUAAUUACACACUAUUCAAAGGCAUUCAAGUCUAAGUUAAACAAGGGAAGUAAUGUAUUGGUUUAGAUGCACUCCUAA